UAUUCUCCAGACAUUAUUAAUAAGUCAUAAAUUAAAUCCAAAUAAGAAUUACGGGUACAAAUUAUUUUAUACUCACAUCUAUAAUAGGAAAAGCCGCGUUGUAAUCUUGCAAAUCUUGAAUUCUUAAUCACUCUUCUUUUCCUUCUCAGAUAAAUAUACCUCCCCUAAAAGUUUAAUAAUUCGUAAUUUCCAUUUUUUAUUUUAACAUUAAGUCUCGUGCAUAAUAUCUAACCAACUGUGCAGCAGAUUAUAUGUUGCAUCACUGGAGCCUAUCAAAAAAUAAAUCCUUUUAUAGAUAGUACGUAGUAUUUUGAAGAAAAUUAUUUUUUAACGUUUGUAAGAUUUCUUCAUUACAAAAAAAGACUUUUAAUACGAAGUAAAAUAUACGGUAUUAUACUAUUAUUACAUACUUACAUUAUCUGUAUUUUAAAAAGAAAAAAAAAUUCAUUAAAAAAUAUAGCACAAUCACACUUUUCAUUUUGUCAAACCCACCAACAAAAUAACAUAUACUCUUCCAUAUAUAUAAAUAUCCCCCCCAUAAAUUUCAUUUCAUUAAUUUUCUCCCUCACUUCCAACACUAUGGCACACCACCACCCUUACUACCACCUUAAACACAAACUCUUCCUCUUUUUUAGCCAAAAAUUAAACCUUUAUUACUUACUAUCACUUCUCCUCCUUUGUACACUCUCAUAUCUCCUAGGCUCUUACCACCCUACCACCCCACCUUCGUCGCUUUUCCCCGUAAAACUCUCCACCUCAUGUUUCACCUCCACCACCAACUCCACCAAUCCGCUACUGAUCCCCCUCGACUUCAAACCCCACCAUGAGAUCCCUUCACCAGCGCGUGUACCUCACUUCCCUCCAUGCAACCCUAACUUAUUCGAGUACACUCCAUGUCACGAUGUCGAUCGUUCCCUACCAUUCCCACGGGAACGCCUAGUGUACCGUGAACGUCACUGUCCCUUGGAAGAGAGUGAGUUUCUACGGUGUCGUAUUCCUGCACCUAAUGGUUAUACGACGCCGUUUCGAUGGCCGGAAAGUAGGGACAUGGUAUGGUACGCUAAUGUUCCUCAUAAAUGGUUAACCGUCGAAAAAGCCGGUCAAAAUUGGGUCCGGUUCGAAGGUGACCGGUUCACUUUUCCUGGUGGUGGUACCAUGUUUCCUCGUGGUGCUGAUGCUUAUAUUGAUGAGAUUGGAAGAGUUAUUAACCUCGACGACGGAUCGGUUCGAACCGCUAUCGAUACCGGUUGCGGGGUUGCAAGUUUUGGAGCUUACCUUUUGUCACGCAACAUCCUAACAGUGUCAUUUGCACCAAAAGACACACAUGAUGCACAGGUUCAAUUUGCCCUUGAGAGAGCUGUACCGGCAUUGAUAGGGAUCAUGGCUACAACCCGCCUUCCUUACCCUUCGAGAUCUUUUGACAUGGCUCAUUGUUCGCGCUGUCUCAUCCCUUGGGGUCAAUAUGACGGACUUUACUUGAUUGAAGUGGACAGGAUCCUACGGCCUGGAGGUUACUGGAUCCUUUCCGGGCCACCCAUCAACUGGGAGGGUCAUUGGAAAGGUUGGGAUAGAAGCAAGGAAGAUUUGAGCUCUGAACAAAACACCAUUGAAGCUGUUGCUAAAAGCCUUUGUUGGAAAAAACUGAAGCAAAGAGGCGAUAUUGCAGUAUGGCAGAAGCCUUCUAAUCAUGAACACUGCAAGAAGAGCCGCAAGGUUUUUAAGAAACCGCGAUUUUGUAAUGCUCAAAAUCCUGAUCUUGCAUGGUAUACAAAAAUGGAGGACUGUCUAACUCCACUCCCUUCAGUCUCUAACAUAACUCAAACAGCAGGAGGGGAAAGAGCGAAAUGGCCAACUAGACUAACAUCAAUUCCUCCAAGGGUGAGUAGUGGUAGCUUGGAGGGUAUAACCCCUGAUGUUUUCACAAAAGAUACCGCGAUUUGGAAGGAGAGGCUAGCAUACUACAAGUCCUUGAACAAUGCACUAAAUGAUUCAGGGAGGUAUCGCAAUCUCCUUGACAUGAACGCGAAAUUAGGAGGCUUUGCAGCUGCCCUUGUCAAUGACCCUGUUUGGGUGAUGAAUGUUGUCCCUGUUGAGGCUAAGGUUAAUACUCUUGGAGUAGUUUUCGAACGUGGUCUUAUUGGUACAUACCAAAGCUGGUGUGAGGCAAUGUCUACUUAUCCAAGAACGUAUGAUUUGUUACAUGCUGAUUCUGUAUUUAGCCUUUACGAUGGCAGGUGUAAGAUGGAAGACAUUCUACUAGAGAUGGACAGGAUUUUACGGCCUGAAGGUUGUGUAAUAUUCAGAGAUGACAUUGAUGUUAUAGUGAAGGUGAAAACUAACAUCGACGAAAUGCAAUGGGAUAGCAUAAUAUAUGAUCAUGAGGAAGGUCCAAUGCAAAGAGAGAAGGUCAUGGUUGCUGUUAAACAAUAUUGGACAGCUCCUUCACCUGCCCAAACUGAUUCUUAAAGAUUAUUAAGGUCCAAAUCUUAGGUUUUUUACCCCUUUUUUUUGUUCAUUUUGGCAAUCGAUUCUUUUGUAAGCUCUUUUUUAUUUAACAUUUGAAGUAACCUUUCUUCGGAAACAUACUUAAGUCUUUGGGUCGUCUUCUCUCAAGAGUCAAGACUCACCACUUCUUUGGUGAAAUGUGAGUAUUGGUGGAGGAAAAGGAAGAUGCUACUACCAUUAUACUCACUAGCAUUACCCCCGGUCUAUUUUAGUUGAAAUUUAUAGACGAUAAACAUAUAGUAUAUCUAAUUCUUUUAUUAUUGUUGUAAUUGAUUGAUUUAUAGAGUUAAAAAAAUCACAGGUAAAACAUUUCUGUGAUCAUCUCAUGUGUAUGGAAAUGUCAAACUAUUAGAAUUUUCUUUAAAAUGAUAUAUUAUCUCUUGGAUGUCUUGACAAGAAUGAAUUUGUUCAUGAGCUAUCUAUUAUUUGUC